AUGGACCAAAAGAAUCAAACAAAAUGCAGCAUAUGUUACAAGAUUUUACCUUACAACAGUUCGACCAGUUCAAUGCAAUCCCAUUUAUCAAUUGAUCAUUGCAUUAAUUCUAAAAUAUCUAAAAAAUCAACAACUUUACUCAACGAUGCCGAUAUAUCCGAUAUUGAGAGCGGUAAUGAGAAUGGUUUUGAAGAGACUGGUCAUAAAAAAUUAAACAGGUUAUUGGUGAAUUUUAUUGUUGGUAUCGAUCAGCCGAUUUCGAUAGUACGUCAUCCAGACUUUGUAAACUUAGUUAGUGAGUUAAACAAAAGCUACAAAAUGCCUUGCAUAAAUACGGUGAGCAAGAAAUUAAUUCCAUCAAUUACGGACAAUCUUAAAUCAAUUUUAAUGCUAGAAUUGAAGGGAUGUCGUUUCAUUACAAUUACUUGUGAUAGUUGGUCAUCAUUAGGUAAAAACAGCUACCUCGGUGUGACUUGUCAUUUUAUUGACAAAAAUAUGACUCUAGUUGACCGAAACCUGGAUCUUAAGUUUAUGUCUGAAAUGAAAACAGCUGAAUAUUUAUUUAAUACGUUAAACGAAAUCUUCAGUGAAUGGUCAAUCAAUAAUAAGAUUUUUGCACUAGUUACUGACUCAGGUGCAAAUAUUUUCUCUGCAGUAAAUAAAUUUGAUGAUAAUGUUCUUAAGAUUCCGUGUGCUGGUCAUCGUUUGAAUCUCGUGGUUAAUGAUCUUCUAAACGCACGAGAUAUAAAAGUAAAAAAAUUUAAAAUUGGGUCAAAGCGUUACCAAGUAAAAGAUUACGACGGUAAUGGAAAACUAAUUAAUAGAGAAAUUACAGAAAGUGAAGUUAAAGAAAUUGAAAAAAUUAACGAAGGCAAAUUAGAAAUCGCCAAGAGAUGUUACAAAAAAAGGUUAAAAGAAGUUCAAGAAACACUUCGUUAUGAAACUAAAAUAAAGUUAGUACAGGAUAUAGCUAUUCGCUGGAAUAGCCAAUUCGAUAUGAUUGAAUCUAUAUUAACAAAUAAAACUGCAUUGGAUAUGAUAAGCAUCGAAUUCCAAAAUAUAAAAGACUAUCUUCCCACUGCUACUGAAUUUAAGGUGCUGGAGGAUUUGUGUGAUUUGUUACACCCAAUUAAAGAGCUAACAAAACUUUUUAGCGGAAAGAAAUAUGUUACAGUAACAUUCCUGUUUCCAACACUGUAUUCUCUACUAAAUGAAAUACUUGAAUCGCAACUUAUUUUUACAGAACUAGUUAAGACUUUUCAAAAGGAAUUAUUAAGAUAUGAAUGCAUUUCAAAGGCAAAAAUGUUUAUAAAAACAUUUUAUGAAAUGCAUCUAAAAGAAACCGAAGAAAUCGAUAUAACAAUUGAAACAAAUUGUUUAAAUAACACUUUGAACUCGUCAAACAGCUCAGCUGACAAUACCAUAAAAACAUUUCAGCAAUUGUCAACGUCACCUAUUGCAAAUAAUAUUACUUUAGUUAACAACAAAAGACGAAAGUCAAUCAACUUAAUUGAACUAGUAACAGAUAAAUCUUGUUGUAAUUUAAUUGAGAGCAAUGAUAAACUUGAAAAAGAAAUAAAUGAUUACAGUCUGCAAUACUUUCAUAGCUACGAAAAUAGUGCCAUUGAAUUUUUCCAAGCUAAUCAAAAAUUGUUCCCGGUUUUGACACAAAUUGCACGGAUAAUAUUUUCAGUUCCAGCGACAUCCGUGCCAUCAGAAUGCUUAUUUAGUUCAACCGCUAUUCUAAUAAUAAAAAACUACGAAAACAAUUUUGGCACAAAAAACUUGAUUUUGUCCCACUAUGUGAUAUUAAAAAAUGAUAUUAAAAAAUCAUGGAACAUCGUGACAGAAAUAAUCGAGACAAAAAAUACCAAAACAAGUACCAUACCUGUUAGAAUUGUUGUGGAUGAAACAGAAUACAACGAUGAAAGUUCUAGUGCAGAAAUUAUUUACAGUUUCUUUGCAAACAUCGAUCCUAACAUGGCGUUCAAAGUUCAAUGCCCAAAUACCUAUUUUGAAACCUAUCUAACAGAUCUACAUAGCAAACUAAAGUUCAAUGGUCUAAGUUAUGAUGAGCUCGAAGCUGCAAAAAACUCUCUAAAAAAUAACAAAGCACCAGGGAUCAACGAGAUUUGUAGCAACGUAGUAAUAGGUGUCUUCCCGGUGAUACGCAUUGAAAAAUUUGAAAUUUUAAAAUCUUCUAUUACAACAGGAACUGUUGUAAUAGAAGUCUCAUGA